AUGGAACAUAGUAAGGAUAAUAGGAAAAUUUUGCCUUCAACACCAUUAAGUAGAUAUGAAGGCACUGAGAAUGCAGCCAUUGAAAAUUGCAACUUGAUUAGGACAGGGCUUGGACAUGGAAUUCAGAAGCAGGCCUCUGUUGCUGACUUGCUGUGUGCUGAAUGCAAGAAACUGCUGUUUCGACCGGUGGUUCUUAAUUGUGGCCAUGUGUAUUGUGAAUCCUGUAUCAUUGUCCCAAUGCAGGGAAUUCCUAGGUGUCAAAUUUGUCGAAGUUUGCAUCCAAAUGGGUUCCCGAGUGUUUGUUUAGUUCUAGAGCAUUUUUUGGAGGAGCAGUUUUCUGAAAUAUAUGCAGAGAGACGAAAAGGUUCAACACAAGCUCAACAACUAGCUAGACGGUCACCAUCAGUACCUACUAAUGUUUAUUCAUCGUGGAUAUUUGGCAAUGGACCCAAGGUUCACAUUGGAGUUGGUUGUGAUUCUUGUGGGAUGUUGCCAAUAAUUGGGGAGAGGUACAAAUGCAAAGACUGUUGGGAGGAAAUAGGGUAUGAUGUAUGUGAAACAUGCCACAACAAUCCUUCUGAAGUGUCAGGUCGAUUUAAUCAGCGGCAUAAACCAGAGCACAAUUUUAAGAUUGUGCAGCCUCAGAGCAUUUCUGAAUUUAUGCACAUGCUGAACCUUGAUCAGUCUGAUGACUCAGAUGUUCCAGAAGAUGAUGAUGAGCAUGAUUUUCUUCUUCCAGUCUUGUCAGAUGAUGUUCUCCUGGAUGCAGAAGAUGGUUCUAAUGAUGUGGUGGAUGUUUCUACUUUGGUUUUGUCAGUUGAAACUGCGCCAGAUCAAGGAGAUGCUCCUAAUGUCUCCCAGAUCAGCUUGGACUAG